AUGACAUUAAACAGCCAAAUAGAUACCAUUUUUAAUCUUAUUGAAGCUUCUCUAAAUAAUUUUUCAGAAAAAAACGAAGAAAAAACAGACAUAAACCUUAAAAAUUCAUAUGAUGCUAUUGCAUGUCUUAUCAAUGCUUAUAUGCUUAAAACAGGAUAUAAGCUUCUCGGAUUUGGAGAAAAUCAUUGUUUAGAUACCCCAAUUACAGAAUCAGAAAUGAAACCUUUAUCAAAUAUUUUCAAUGAAUCAAGUGAUCCAUUUUAUGCAUUUCGCUAUUCUUUUAAUUCUAAAGAAGAAAUAUAUCUUAUUAAAUUGCUAAAAAUGGAUAAAAAGAUAGUUAUUCUUGGGACAAUAAUGGGAAAAGGGAAUACAAUUACACAUGAUAUAUCUGUUGAUGAUUAUACACAAAAAGGCGUAUUUCCUUAUUCAAGCAAGCAAAAAGAUAGGUCUUUGGAAGAAGUUUAUGUUUCAAAUGAAAAAAUAAUAGAGCUAUUAAAGAUAUAUCAUUCUAAUUUUCUUGAAAAAUUAACUCCUGAUUUGAAGGAGGAGUUAAAUUCUAGAAAAAAUAAUCUUUGUGAAGGACAUUUUUUUCAAAUACCAAAAGAUAAUUUUUCUUCUCGAUGUAUGGAGAAUUCUAUAUCAUAUAAAUUUAAUGUACAAGAAAGAGACAAUCAAACUUCCAACACUUGUAAUAUUUCUAUUGGAAGUGAUGAUUUAUAUCCUCCAGGAAUAGGACAACAUCCUUUGCUAACUCCAUGUAUAAUAAGAGAACCUAUACUAGAUGAAAUUAAGGAUUGUAAUAGUGGAAUGUAUCCUAGUAAAACGCAUCCUAUCUUUAGCGGAACUAAAGCAAAGAAAAAUUUUCAAUUACCUCCAGGCGUCAGAUAUGAUCCAAUAUCUCCCAAUGACGGACUUGGUUUAGGGCUAGGAAAUUUAGGGAACCCUUCACGCAAAUAUAGAAAUAUUGGUGAACCUGAUAAUGAUGAAUUUCUCCCACCAGAUGUAGAUAGGAUGUAUAUAUAAUAUAUAUAUGGUUAUUAAUAACUGAGGAAUAGACCUCAUUUUCUAUUAAAAU